AUGCAAGAAUAUGAUCAGAUCGACUAUCCAGUGAUGUUCGCGAGCCGCACAUCCAAUGUACUACAAGGUCGCCUGGGGCAGUGGGCCACGCUGCUCUCACCCUGGAUCCUCGAGAUCGUCAAGUGUAACAAGGGCGAGGAUACGAUCCUGGGCACAUUAGCAGCGAGUAUCACUCCCAGAUCCGAUGUCGACAAAGCGCUGAUCUCGAUCGCCCCGAACAAAGAGCCGAGACGUAAGAUCCAAGCCCCGACCCCGACAGUGAGAUCGGAUGAAAAUCUAUAUGUCGCUAGCUUUGACGGAUCCGCCCGUGUCAAGCGAGGUGGAAGCGCCUACAGGGCCAGAUCCGGAUAUGCCGAGGGCCUAACUGUUAAUGAGGCCGAAUAUCACGGCCUUUUGUUAUGUCUCGAUUUGCUGGAAGGGACGGAUCCGCUACGAUUGAUGAUCUGUGGCGACUCAAACCUGGUGAUCCGCCAAGUUAGAGGUGAGAUCGACAGCAAGGCGGCUGGAUUGACGUUAUUAAGACAAAAGGCGUUGGACAAAUUGCGGAUCCGGCCGGAUCAUGAGUUGGUACAUGUGGAACGGGAUUGGAACGGAAGUGCAGAUAGCCUGGCUAGCGCUGCAUUGCAACGGCAAUAUAUUGGUGGUAUAAACGGGGGAUCCGGCAGUGCAGAUCUCGCCGUUACUACUAGAUCGAAGGCCAAAUCCGGCAUCCGGCAGGCACAGGACGAGGAGGUGUGGAUCCACCAUUUGAAGAAGUACCUGGUUGGCGAAAUACGCGAUCUGACACAGGAAGAGGCCAGAUCUGGCGGAUCCAUCGCUAUGAAUUAUGAAGUGGAUCAGCACGAUCUCCUUUUCUAUUGCCCCACUACAAAGGAAUCGGCUGCGGAUCGGGACAAAUUGAUGCGACUGAUAUCCUACACCAUUAUCAUACCAGCCUCCAAGGCGGACAUCAGGGGAUCGGCCGUACUUACGAUCGGAUUUGGGAUCAUUUUCACUGGAGAGGAUUGUACCGAAGUGUACAAAGGGCGACCCCGAAUCCAAGGCGAAUCGCCGGGUAAUCUUCAAGCGACAUAUCCAUUUCAGAUCAUCGCUAUGGACCACAUCUCUUCGUUGCCCAGAUCCUAUAAAGGUAACACUGAGCUAUUGAUCUUCAAAGAUCUCUUCUCGAUAUAUGUGAUCGCCAAAGCGAGCGGAUUCAGGACGGCUCAGACUGUGGCCGAAUCCUACGAAGAAUGUGUGUUCCGCCGAUUUGGUGCCAGCGAGGUGAUCCGCCAUGAUCGUGAACCCGGAUUUAUGUCCGAUUUCUUUCGCGCGUUUAAUAAGAUCCUGCAUCAGCGUCAACGUGCAACAAUGGCGUAUAGACCCCAGGCGAACGGAUCCGCAGAAAGGAUGGACGAGUAUGCGGAGCGACUUACAUUCGCGAUCAACACCGCCCGGGAUCGGAUCCGCGGAGAGACGCCGUUUUAUAUGGUCCAUGUUUGGGAUCCGAGAUCCACACUGGAGGCGGUGAUUCCGAUGGAAAAUCGGGAUCCGCGGAGAUGGCGAUAUCGGAUCCAGAGGCAUUACCAACAGGCACGAGAGCAGGUGAAUCAACGCUUACGGGAGGUGAUCUCAGAUCGGGCGGAUCAGCACAAUGAUAUAGUGCACCCGCAUCAAGUUGAGGUCGGAUCCCGAGUAUGGUUAUACUUGGAUCGGGUGCGAGAGGGAUAUGCCAAGAAGCUUGCGCAUCUGUGGCAUGGCCCUUUCCGUGUGGCCGAAAAGAUCGGCGAGUAUGCAGUGAAAUUUGAGAUCGCCGGGUCCGCGUACAAUAUCUUCCCCGUAAUCCAUGUGGCAAAGAUCAAACCCGUCAGAGAGUUUCCGGAUCGGCCGGAAAUACGCCUUAUGACGCAGGAUCAAGAUCGUCUGGAUUUCGACGAAGCACUCCUUCCUGGAGAUAUCUGGAUCCAAGAUCGCGAUCCGGACGAGUACGAGGUUGAGAGGAUCUCGGAUAUGAAGACCGGCAGGAAAACAAGAUAUGGCCGGAUCUUGCGUGAAAUUUUAGUACACUGGCGUGGGUACGAGGAUCGGACCUGGAUCGAUGAGGCAGAUCUCAACUGUGGGGCAAUACUUCACGAGUUUUUGCGGGAUCGCGCCAAUCAGAACCGGUUUAAGAUCCGCAUAGGUGAGUUGGUCGCCAAUGCGGAAGGUUGA